AGAAGCACCGCCAUGUUGCUUUGUAUUGUCGUGGCAGCAGCUUUAGAGUUUAAGCCACAUGGGAGUCGGUGCCCCAGACACCGUCCAGAUAGGGAAAGCAGAAGAGACCCAAUAGAGGCCAGUUGCGCGGCGAAGAUAAAUGGGGGCUGUCUGUUCAAAGCGUACAUACAUAUAUCCUUCGGUCUGGGAGGGAGGCCUCCUCCACGACCAUUGCUUGCUAAAUUGUAGCGAUACUCAGAUAUCCCGAAAUGAUUUAUCACCAGCCAAAAGUGGGACCAACGAUUGUGCGAAAUGCACGCAUCUUUACGUGCUCCCCACAGUCAGAAGACUUGAUCUCGGGUUCGAUCAUCUUCGAGAAUGGCUUGAUCAAGUACGUUGGCGAAGAAGAUUCCGACGAGUUGAUUCAAGCCAGAGCCGCUGGAGCCGUUGGGAUUGACGCGGAAGGUCGCGUGGUGACUCCAAGCUUCAUCGACAGCCAUGUGCACAUUCUACACUUCGGCCUCUCGCUUGGAAAGCUGGAUGUCAUGAAGUGCAAGUCAUUGGAAGACAUCCGAGCCCAGAUCAAAGCUUGGGCAAGCGCCCACCCCGAUAAGGCUCGAAUACUGUGCAAAGGCUGGCAGCAAUCCUGUGUCGCUUCAGAGGCAUUGGCUUCCAUGCUUGACGAUCUAGAUCCACGACCCAUCUACAUCGAGGCUAUAGAUUUGCAUUCGGUGUGGUGCAAUAAAGCUGCACUUGACGAGCUUGGAGUUGCCUCCAUGGCGGACCCAGAUGGAGGAACGAUUCAUCGCGACGAAAUGGGCCAACCUUCGGGUCUCUUGAGUGAAAGUGCUUUCUUGUUGAUUGCUUCGCAAUACUUGUUCAAUGCUUUGUCCGUCGAUGAAAAGCAAGCGGGCCUGCACCGUGCGCUUACCACUUUCUCAAAAGCGGGCUACACCGGAGUCAUCGACAUGGCCAUGGAUGAGGAGCAGUGGUCGGCGUUGCAACUGUACAGGCAAAAGCAGCAGGUUCCGCUCCACAUAGGUGCUUACUGGCUUGUGCCAUAUAGUACCAGUGACGAGGAGAUUCAGACCCACCUGAAUAAAGCCAUCGAGAUGCACCGGAAGUUCCACCCUUCAACGUCACCGUCAUUCUGCGUGCUAGGCAUCAAGUUGAUUGCCGACGGAGUGGUCGAUGGCUGUACAGCGGCUUUGAGCAAGCCGUACGGGGCCAAGGCGGAUCCUGUCGAGCCCAUUUGGCCUGCGGAGACAUUGGCAAGAGUUGUGGCUCAGGCGGACGCGGCGGGUCUUCAAUGCGCCGUUCACGCCAUUGGUGAUAGGGCCGUCACCCAAGCGAUUGAUGCGUUUGCACGCCUAGAGAGAUCCUCGCGCCGUCGGCACCGAAUCGAGCAUCUCGAACUGACCACGGCCAAGGAUGCACAGAGACUAGGAGAGCUGGGGAUCAUUGCGUCUGUCCAACCUGUUCAUUCCGACCCAGCUAUUCUUCGCGGGUGGCCAGGCCUCAUCGGCAGUCACAGAUGCAAGCGGGCGUUUGCUUACCGGGAAUUUUUCGAGGCUGGUGCACCCAUGGCAUUUGGUACUGAUGUCCCCACCGCAGCUCAUCAUCCACUGCUGAACCUGUACAAUGCGACCACCAGACGGUCGGCGAUUGAGCCUGAUUGUCUCGACACGACAAACGAGCACUUUGCCGUUUCUUUGUCCAAUGCGAUCAAAGCUGCAACUAUUGGGGCAGCCUACACGCGUUAUGCGGAGAUGUGGACCGGCAGUAUUGCGCCAGGCAUGAGCGCCGAUUUUAAUGUUGUGGACAUGGAAUGGGAUCCGGCUAGCUUGUUACAUGCGAAGGUAAGACAGACUUGGUACAAGGGGCAAAGGGUGUUUGACAAUGAAGUCUGAAAUGUAGAUUUAGAUAGGUACGGAUAAUGGUGUGUAAGAUGCGCCCUACAACUGAAAAUUGCCCCUCCGUAAGGUCUUAUGUAAGGUGCCCACCACAGGAGCGCAGCC